AACUUCUAACUGCUUGCUUUAAUAUGAGAUUAUAUUUUUAUUUUUAUUUCAUAUUUUAAUUUUCAAAUAACAUUCAUUUGUUAUUGUAAUAAUUUGUUUUCUGAAGUAUAAUAAUUGGAAUAAACUUUUACUGAAAUGAUGUGUAACGAAUAAAAUUGUUAAAAAGUACUUUAAUAUAUUUUGAAUAAAAUAAUACAAAAUGAGGAAUAUUACUCAAAAUAAACUUAUUGAACUUCAGCAUAGACCUAGUUCUAUUCGUAACAUUUGUAUUAUGGCACAUGUUGAUCAUGGUAAAACAACCUUAGCAGAUUCAUUAGUUGCUAGCAAUGGAGUUAUAUCACAAAAAAUGGUUGGUAAAUUAAGAUAUAUGGAUAGUAGACGAGACGAACAACAACGUGGUAUAACGAUGAAAAGCUCAUCAAUUGCAUUAUACCAUAAAAAAAAUGAAUUAGAAAACAUCAUCAAUGUUAUUGAUUGCCCAGGGCACAUUGAUUUUUUUUCAGAAGUAUCUACUGCCCUUAGAUUGUGUGAUGGAGCUAUUAUUCUAGUUGAUGUUGUAGAAGGUGUUUGUCCUCAAACACAAGCAUGUUUAAAGCAAAUAUGGGCAGAAAACAUAAAACCAGUUUUAGUGUUGAAUAAAAUUGAUAGGUUGAUUUUAGAAUUAAAUCUAACACCAUUAGAUGCAUAUGUUCACAUAACUCAAAUUCUUGAACAGGUAAAUGCAGUAGUUGGUGAACUUUUCAAAAAAGAUGUUUUUGAAAGAGAAACAGAUACUAAAGAACAUAAUGGUGUUCAAACAGGUGAAGAUUUGUAUAGUGAUUGGGUUACAGCUAUUGAAUCAGCAGAUGAUUCAGAUUUGUAUUUUUCACCUCAUCAAGGGAAUGUAUUAUUUGCUUCUGCGGCAGAUGGUUGGGCUUUCAGUAUAGAGACUUUUGCAAAUUUGUUAUCAACUAAGUUAGCAAUUAGUUUACCCACAUUGAAAAAGACACUAUGGGGAGAUUUUUAUUUAAAUAUGAAAACUAAAAGAAUUAUGAAGGGAGCACAAGAGAAAGCCAAAAAGCCUCUUUUUGUUCAAAUGAUUAUAGAAAAUAUUUGGCUUGUUUAUGAUAUUAUUAUCAAUAAAAAAGAUAAAGAUCGUUUGACAAAAAUUGCAGAAAGUAUGAAUGUAACUCUAAAUAAUAGAGAUCUACGACAAACUGAUACACGGGUCCUCCUGCAGUCAUUUUUAUCUCAAUGGAUCCCUUUAUCAAAAUCUGUGUUAGAUACUGUUUGUGAUGUAUGUCCAGCACCAAAUAAACUUACGGAAGGAAAAAUUGAAAAACUAUUAUGUCCGCCAUUGAGAGAAUUCCACUUAAUGCCAGAAGAAACAGUAAAUUUGAAAAAGGCUUUUUCGAAAUGUUGUCCUGAUAAUAAUGUUGUUCCUGCUAUAGCUUAUGUUUCAAAAAUGUUUCCGAUUAAGCGAAAAUAUUUGCCACAGUAUAGACCAAAAAUUUUAACAACUGAAGAAAUAGCUCAACGCCGAGAACAAGCAAGGCUUCGGCAUACGUUAAGAAAUAGUGAAGUUAAAUUUAAGGACAAUGAAAAAAACAACGAAAAUGAAAUUCAUAUUAAAGUUGAAGAUCCCAAUACAAAAAUCAUAGAAAAAACAGAUAGCGAAAAUGAUAUCAUGUUUAUAGCAUUUGGAAGAACGUAUAGUGGAACCAUUAGAACUGGUCAAGAAAUGUAUGUAUUGGGGCCAAAGCAUGAUCCUUCAAAAAUAAAAUAUAAGGAUAUUCAAAUUGACGAAAAUUGUACUUUGAUAUCGUUAAAGCCUGAUGAACAUGUAAUGAAAAUAAUUGUAUCUGAUUUAUAUAUGUUGAUGGGUCGUGAUUUGGAGCCUGUAGAAGAAGUCCCAGCUGGGAACAUAUUUGGUGCAGGUAAUUUAGAGCACUAUAUCCUAAAAAGUGCCACCUUAUCUACUACUCUAGCUUGUCCACCAUUUACUGAUAUCAAAGCUAUGGCAACACCAAUUAUGAGAGUUGCUAUAGAACCCAAACAUUCUACCGAUUUACCAGAAGUCGUUAAGGGCUUAAAGCUACUUAACCAAGCUGAUGCUUGUGUUCAGGUAAUAAUGCAGGAAACUGGAGAGCAUGUCAUUGUUACAGCAGGAGAAGUGCAUCUUCAAAAAUGUUUAGAAGAUUUACGAGACAGAUAUGCUAAAGUUGAUGUGAUAGCAUCAGCUCCAAUUGUGCCAUUUCGAGAGACAAUUGUUCCUCAUCCUAAAAUAGAUAUGGCUAACGAAGCUGUAAAUAAUCAGAAUCAAGACGAUAAUCCAUCAGGACUUCUCAAUGUGUAUACAUCAAAUCAUCAAUGUUGCAUCAAGAUAUGUGCUGAGCCUCUGCCUUCAGAUGUAGUAGACAUUUUAGAAAGAAAUGCAGAUAUAUUAAAAGCUAUAACUGAACAACAAGCAGAAAAUAUCAGUUGUGCAUUAGAAUGUAUGACAAUUCAAGAAACGGCAUUUAAAAAUGUUAAAUUAGCAAUUGAAACAUUACGAUUACAGUUGCAAGGUGCAUUGGGUGAUAAAUUGGAUGUCUCCCAAAUCUGGGCAUUUGGACCAAGGAAAUGUGGACCAAAUAUUUUAUUAAAUAAAAUACCAAAUUAUAAAAGAUCAGUGUGGAAUGCAAAAGAUAACUCGGAUGAUUUAUUCACAAAAUAUGAAAAUAGUUUUAUAAAUGGUUUUCAAAUAGCAACUGUAGCUGGUCCUUUAUGUGAAGAGCCAAUGAUGGGCAUUUGUUUUGUAGUAGAGGAUUGGACAAUAGACACUUCACAACCAAUUACCAACGAUCCUUAUGGACCUAUGUCUGGUCAAAUAAUGUCUGCAGUUAAAGAUGGUUGUCGCAAAUCAUUUCAAGCACAACCACAACGACUAAUGGCAGCCAUGUAUACUUGUUCUAUUCAAGCUAACGCUGAAGUUUUAGGUAAGAUGUAUGCAGUAUUGGGUAGACGUCAUGGCCGAAUAAUUAGUGCAGAUAUGGCACAUGGAUCUGCAUCUACUUUUAACAUAACAGCUUUACUCCCAGUUGUUGAAAGUUUUUCUUUCUCUCAAGAAAUUCGUAAACAAACAUCUGGUUUAGCCAGUCCCCAGUUGGUUUUUAGUCACUGGGAGGUAAUUGAUGUUGAUCCUUUUUGGGUACCUAAUACUGAAGAAGAACUUGAAUUAUUUGGUGAAAAGGCAGAUUCUGGAAAUCGAGCUUUAAACUAUAUGAAUGCUGUAAGAAGGCGAAAAGGUUUAUCAGUAGAAGAAAAAAUUGUACAAUUUGCUGAAAAACAGCGAACGUUAUCAAAAAAUAAAUAAAUUUGAUUUUUUUAUAUUGAAAUAAUAAUAAGUAUUUCUUUUGUUAUCACUGAAAAA